AUGGAGGUAUUAAACUGCAUUUCUUUUCUUGUAUUCAAUUUGUGUUUGCUCAUCGCACUAAGCAAUGGAUCAAAUGCAGAUGAAAGAAAGCCAUACAUAGUUUAUAUGGGCGAUUUGCCAGAAGACACAGACUUCUUGUUGGAUGAUCAUCAUCACAGCUUGCUUUCAGAGGCUAUUGGAGAUGAGGCAAUAGCAAAAGAAUCAAAGAUACAUAGCUAUACAAGGAGCUUUAAUGCAUUUGCUGCGAGACUAUUGCCUGAUGAAGCAGAGAGAUUAUCACAAAAAGAAGGGAUUAUAUCUGUAUUUCCAAAUACAGUGAGAAAACUUCGAACAACAAGAUCUUGGGAUUUUAUUGGAAUGCCUGAGACUGUACAAAGAAAUCACCAAGUUGAGAGUAAUACAAUCGUUGCAGUCUUAGAUACAGGUAUAUGGAUGGGAUCACAAAGUUUCAAUGACACAGGCUUUGGACCUCCCCCUGCUAAAUGGAAGGGCAAAUGUGACAAGGGCGUCAAAUUUACUGGCUGCAACAACAAGGUGAUCGGAGCCCAAUUUUUCAAUCUAGACAAAUCAGCAACUCCUGAUGAAAUUAGUCCAGCAGAUUUUGAAGGCCAUGGCACACACACAUCUUCCACUGCUGCUGGAAUCCAAGUACGGGGUGCCAACCUAGACGGAUUCGCCCACGGUACGGCCCGUGGGGCCGUACCAUUGGCCCGGAUAGCAGCAUACAAAGUAUGCUGGCGUUUGGGCUGUUCGGACAUAAAUCUCCUAGCAGCAUUCGAUGCUGCAAUCCACGAUAACGUGGACAUUAUAUCGGUGUCAAUUGGCGCCUCAUCAAGGAGUUAUUUCAAAGAUUCAAUGGCUAUUGGAUCAUUUCAUGCUAUGAAAAGGGGAAUUUUGACUUCUUGUUCAGCAGGAAAUGAUGGGCCUGAUUUGUCACAAGUUGAAAAUGUAGCACCUUGGAUUAUGACUGUGGCAGCUACUAGUAUUGAUAGGCAAUUUGAGACUACUGCUGAAUUGGGUAAUGGCAAAAGUUUUACGGGAAUUUCUCUCAACCUCUUUGACACGAAAGGAAAAAUGUCACCUUUGACAAGUGGAAUCUUGGCCAAAAAUGGUAGCGCAGGAAGUGAUGUAGAUCCCAGUUUUUGUGAUGAUGGUAGUUUAGAUGGGAGAAAGGUGAAAGGGAAAAUAGUAUUUUGCCUUGAAAACUUAAAUCAAGAUGACACCAUACGAAAAUAUGGAGGUGUUGGAGCUAUUAUGUCAACUGAUGAUUUUUCAGACACAGCAAUGUCCACUGUUAUACCAGCAACAUAUGUUCAUAUAGCUGAUGGUCACAAGAUUAAUCAGUACGUCAACACCACUAAGUCUCCUACAGCAACAAUAUUUAGAUCAAGAACUAUUAACAUCACUGCACCAUUUAUACCUUCUUUUUCAAGUAGAGGACCCCAAACCAUCAGUCUCAACAUACUCAAGCCUGACCUAGCUGCUCCAGGGUUAAGUAUACUGGCAGCAUUUUCAGAAAAAACAAAAUAUAAUUUGGAAUGGGGAACAUCAAUGUCUUGUCCUCAUGCUGCUGGAGCUGCUGCCUAUGUUAAGACUUUUCGUCCUCAUUGGUCACCUGCUGCUAUAAAAUCUGCUUUAAUGACUACUGCCAAACCUAUGGAGAUCCAACCAGCGGAAAGAGAAUUAGCCUCAGGCUCAGGACAAAUAAAUCCAACAGGUGCAUUAAACCCUGGUCUAAUUUAUGACAUUGACAUAAACUCCUACAUAAGUUUCCUUUGCAAAGAAGGCUACAACACUUCAAACAUAGCACAAUUAUCAGGAAAUGGCACUUACAAUUGCAAAAAGUUCCCAUUAGCCAAGGGAACAGAUGGUCUCAAUUACCCCUCCAUGCACCUCCAACUACCUAAACAUUCAACUAAUUUUUCCGUGACCUUUUUUCGUACUGUCACGAACGUUGGACCUGGAAAAGCUGUUUAUAAAUCGACCGUCGAGUCGCCCCGGGGAGUCUCGAUCGUCGUGAAACCGAGCACGUUGUCGUUCAAUGGGCAAAAUGAGAAACAAUCUUUUCAAGUUUCUUUGAGUGGGAAAUUUGUAGAUCCAAAGGCUUAUUACAUUAGUGGUUCACUUGUGUGGAGUGACUCUACACAUGUUGUGAAGAGUCCUAUUCUAGUAUACAGGCCAUUGUCUAGGAGUUGAGAUUAAUUAUUGUAAUUUUUAUGGUUGAAAUAUAAAAAGUAAAUUUAC